GAGCCAAAGAGCCAACCAAAGCCUGCAGGAGGCAUCUUCAGACUGCGAGGGGCUCCCAGAGGAUUCUGGGACAGUGCGGGCUCACCAUGCUACCUUGCCUCGCCUCGUCCUGCAUCUCCUGAUGGAGCUGUCCGUGUGCACUGUGGCAGGUGAUAGUGGAGAGGAACAGACCAGCACUGAAGCAGAGACCUGGAUAACUGUGGCCUUGGAGGAAGGUGCUGGCCCCAGCAUUCGGCUCCAGCUGCAGGAGGUGAAGAUGGGCAAGGCAAGCCAGUUCUUUGGGCUGAUGGGGAAGCGAGUGGGAGGUUGUCAGCUGGAACACACGCUCCAGGGCCUCCUGGGCAAGAGAAGCCUGUCCACAGAAGGCAGAGAGGAUGAGGCCCAAGGUUCAGAGUAA